AUGCUCAAAAUCUGGUCUAUGAAGCAACAGCAGCAGCAGGCUGAAAAUGCUGAAGGCGCUGCGGGGAAGAAGAAGAAGAAGGUCACAGCCGCCCAGCUGCGUGUUCAGCGAGAUCUCCAAGAGCUCACCCUCGGGAGCACGAUGAAAAUGGCCUUUCCGAAUCCCGACGACAUCCUCAACUUCAACUUGACCAUCGAGCCGGACGAGGGCAUGUACAAGAAUGGCUCCUUUACCUUCACUUUCGCCGUCAACCAGAACUUCCCGCAUGACCCGCCGAAAGUCAAGUGCACGCAGAAGAUCUACCACCCGAAUAUUGAUUUGGAGGGGAACGUCUGUCUGAAUAUCCUGCGCGAGGACUGGAAGCCUGUGCUCAACUUGAACGCCGUUAUUGUGGGCAUGCAGUUCCUCUUCCUCGAACCGAACGCUUCCGAUCCGCUGAAUAAAGAGGCUGCGGAGGACCUGCGGCAGAAUCGCGAUCUCUUCAAGCGCAAUGUCCGCAACUCCAUGGCCGGAGGGAACGUCCGUGGCGUCGCUUUCGACAAAGUGACGCGAUAG